AUGCGGCGGGAUACAUCUGAUCUUGAGCGGGACACGAGGUCAACAUUCCUUUCGUACGGAGCUUUCGAGAAGAAGUCUGACCAUCCCGUUGAUGGCCGUCCUGGAGUUCGCUUGAUGUCACGAUGUAUCCAGUCACUCACCGCACUGGUCCAACGGUCAUCACUAUAUCGCAUGACGUGCUCGGCCCAUCUGAUUUUCGAUUUCUUGGCGUAG